AUGAUUCAACACCCACGUAAUCCCCAGCCUGACCCGAUCACCUCGGAAAUAGGACCGCUUGCAAUGAACUACUUGGGUGUUCCUAUUGUAGUAGCGCCUGCUACUCAAUAUGUCAAGAUUUCUAUGGUUGUCGUCCGUGAUGAGGACUAUGAGCCAGCAUGCCAGAAGCUGAAGGGCUCUGGAUUUUAUGAAAUAAUCCCCGACCGCACGAUUCUCCCCGAGAUUUUAGCGACACUCCCAGACCCAGAGCAGGCUAUUGAAGAGGUCAAGAGGGAGUAUCAACGUCUGGAUAACUCAACUACGACGUUCGAAUAUCCACUCAAUCACCACCUUGCUGGGAGUCUACGGUUGACCUUGGCCCCAAACUCCUUCGCAAAUCUUUCCAUACCGGAUGUGAUUGGUGACAUAAAGCAGAAUAACGUGUCUACCAAGGGCUACGACAUAUACAGGAGUAUAUGCCAUCCACUUGAAGAGGCGUUGGUGGAAAGUUUUGUGAAGUGUGUUAUUGACGAUCAAAAUGAUGAGAAUGCCGAGUUUUCUGGUUGGGGAGACAGAUUGAGCACAUGGGUGGCUAUGAUGUGUGCAUACCUUGAGGUGAAUAACGAUAUUCUCGAUAGCUGCGCAGAUGAGCGAGCAGUGAAAUGGUUUAGUGUGACCUACGGUCGGAUACACGAAGAAAGGUUCGGCCCCUUGGAUAGACGUGUCUCAAACCGACUGGGCUCCGGAAGAGAAAUGCCGGUGGACAUGAGAGGCAACCCGUUGCCCGAUUAA